AAAGAAAGAAGGCGGGUACAAGGGGUGGUCCUUGUGUUUGUCACCUCAAGCUCCAGGAUCAUUAGCUUUGGCAGGGAGGCCACUCUGCCUGCAUCCCGCGCUGCUCACUGGCUGUGAACACUCACGUGCAGUCGCACGCCACACAGAGUUGCCUCGCUUUCUUCUCUCCUGCUCCUCCGUGUUACAGAGAACCUGAAGUGUCGGAAGCCAUGACGAUGAGUUGCACAGGUGUGGCUGUUGUGGUGGUGUUGGUGUUGGUGUGUGUCAGCCAGCAGCAGACAGGCGCCGCCAACGUCCUCUUGGACAAAGUCCGACGAGACUUACUGACGACGACGACGAAGACGACAACAAGACGCCGCCCGUCGUUCCCCAGCCUCGCAUCCUGGGGGGUCAGCGGGUGGGUGACCGGUGCCAGGCGCCAUUCAACGCCAUGGUGGCCCUGAAGAUCCAGAUGAGUGACCAGACCAACAGCCGCACCUACUGCGGGGCCGUCAUGCUGACGUCACAGUGGCUCGUCACUGCCGCCCUCUGUGUCUUCCCGUUCGUGACGUUUGCCUCCACCGACCUGGCAGUAGUUAUUGGCGACAAGGUGGUGUCAGCGCCGGACCAGGACGAGCAGACGAUCGGGGUGGCCAACUUCUACAUCCACCCGCGAUUCAACUCCUCCACCGGAAGUAACGACCUUGCCCUCAUCCGCCUGCAGUACCCGGCAACGCUCAGCAACUGCGUGCAGCCUCUACGUCGCUACACCGAGACCGCGUGCUACACCGCCAUCUCCGACUGCGUCAUCACUGGCUGGGGCCCCUGGGAUGAGAACAACGUCUACUCCAACAGUCUGUGGCCCAACUCUGGAGACGUCAAAGUGUUGGACGAGGUGGUGACCCGCCUGACUGCACGGUCCGUGUUCCAGAGAUCGGCGCCAGAGGGCGCCCUGUUCGCGCUGCCCAACAACAACUUCGUCAAAGCCUGCGUCUUUGACUGGGGCGGCAUGACCGCGUGUCUCAAGAACGGCGAAUGGCUGCUGCGCGGGGUCAUCGCGCAGGACAACUGCUUCGUGGAGUCGCAGCCCAUCGUCAUCACCAACAUCGAUCGUUACAAGAGCUGGAUUGACACCUGCAUCUACAACUCUAACGCCUGCCAAUCUCUGUGAGCUGCAGCGCCUAGAGCCACAGUGGCCACGCCCACACCUCGAUGGCCACGCCCACACAUAGAUAGCCACGCCCACACUGCUAGUCACGCCUACCUGACCUAACCUGACAGACGGGUGAAGGGCAGCGUUACACUGGCUACGUUUUUCUUGUCGGUUUUUAUUUUUAAAUUUUUGUUGCAUACCCGUUUCUGCAGAUUUUGUGUUUGUUUUGUUGCUGCCGCUGAUGAGUGGAUGACAGCCGCAGGAACACCCAUCAAGCCCUGUCCAAGGCAAGGGAUAGCCCCUAGUGACCAGACCCUCUUGCCAUGGAGAGUGGUUGUUGCGGCGGCCAUCUUGUCCACCAAACGGCAAACAAAAAUGUCGGCUAAAACCUUGUAGUCACGUGUCACGUGACUUUAGGGCGGUCAGUAGCGACAUGCGCUCAGACCACUCGUCUCCGUGUUUCUCUACUGUAGCGGCUUCUUUCCUGCACACGUGACGAGUUGCAGCAACUUUCAACUUUUGGAAUAAAGGGAAUGAAUUAUGCUAA